GCAGGCUGGUUGUUUCAUUUAGCCUAGCUCGACAUAACGUGAGUUUAGUUAGGUUCACGUCAGAUAAGGAGAGGACACCAACUCGCCACGGACUUCGGAAACCGUUAUUAGUGUUAAGAUUUUAUUUCCAACUCGACAAAAUAUUCUUUUAAGAUGCACAGUAUCGAGCAGCUUCUACAAGCGGCUGAGUUUAUCGAAAGGCGAGACAGAGGUAGAGGGCAUUUGUGAUUUUAUGGUUGUUUUUUUCUCAAACUCAAUGUUGUGGAUUCGUCAUCUAGGGCAGGUUAUGAAGUUAUAACUGGCUGACAUAAACACAAUAUAAUAGUUUGGCAAAUUACGCUCGCCUAGCUUUGACUAAACAAAAAUGUUUGUGGUUUUAACAAAGGAGAUUCACUCGCUAAAGAAACCAUCUUCGAGUUUAAGGUCGAGGACCGAAGUUAAAAAAAAAAAAAAUGAAAUGACUGUGACGUGUUUACAAAUUUGUUUUGAAAUGUUAUACAUCAUGGCUGACUAAGACGUAGGUCAUGGCGCGCCUAACUUUAAGGUUAAAAAUUGUUUUCUUUUUACAGAAGCGGAACAUGGCUACGCAUCCACGUUACCGAUGCCAGAUGAGUAUAGUUAUAAUCCCUCCAAAAGGAGGUCGAAAUCCAAGAAAACACAAGGCAACAGGUAGGCCGUCCUCGCAUCUCUGCGCGAAACUCUUAUUUAUUUACCAAAUGUUCAACAAUGUAGGUCACGAGUGGCGCUUCCUUGUUGUUUUUAAAAACCGAGGAUUCGGCGAGAUUUUAUUUUUCUAUCCUAAUGGCUGCAAGUCACAUGAUCAAGUUUUUCAAUGUUUACAAGGCGAUUCAAUUUGGUCAAUUUAGUUUAUUAAUAUGAUAAAAUGAUAAUGCCAUGUGGUUCGCAUAUCUAUCAAUUAUUUAUAUAUAUUUAUACUAUAAUUAUUUCAUUUUCCUAACAGAUCAACGCAUAAUGAAUUGGAAAAAAACAGGUAAGAAUAAUUGUGUUUUAGUUUUUUUUUUACAAUAAAGUGUUAUAAUAGUUAUAAUGUAAUGUUGUGAAAUAUUUCAUAUGGAUAACUAAAUGGAGUACUUGAAAUCCAUGGAUUAAAACUAAUUUUAAAUUAUGGAUAUAGUUUUUCGCUUGAAAGGUAAAGUAUGAAGAUAUAAUACAUUUCAUUUUUUUUUUUUAAAUAUAUUCUUUAUAACAUGCUAAUAUACUUAAUAUAGUGUGGCAUGUGAUAUUGUAGGAUAUACUUUAAAAUCUGCUAAUAUAAUGUGUGAAAUACUGUAAAAGAUGCUAAAGUGAGACCACUUUACUAUUUACUUUGAGCUGUUCCCUCCUUCGUGUUUUUACUCUAGUAAGUUGUUAGGUAUAAGGAUCUGCCUCGUUUUGACUUCAAAGGAUAUGAUCUUUUAACUGCCCUAUUUGACCUGAGUGUUGUUAUGGUCUAUAGUACAUUCAGCGCUGGAAGUUUGGCGUGAAGCCUAAUAGUAUAUUGUAUGUAGUAGAGUCUAAGUUCAUAUUAUACAGUGCUAUCUGAUGUCCCCCCCCCCUCUCCUCUCACCCAAACCAGUUCAAAUUUUUUUUGUAUAGCUAGUGCUACCUAGUUGUGAUUUCCAUUUCACCAUUCUGUAACGUUGGUCUUGGAGUAGUUGGAGUUAGAUGGUGGAUAUCGUUAUGGUAAAUCCUUAAGUGCACAUAUCCUUCAUAAAACGUAUCAAGGCAUCAGUGACAUAUGUUUUGAACGUAUCAAAUAUAUCAUGCAUCGCCAUGUUGCCUGAACUUGACGUUGUUGUGGCCGCCCCCGUGAGGACAAAGCGAGAUUUCUCCUCGGCUCUACCAGCGGUGUUGCCCUCGCGCCCAGGACAAAACCAGCUCUUACACAUAACUGUUACAGCAAGGCCUGGCCUCAAACUCCCGGGAAUAGCGGCUUGGUUGACCUCAGAAGUAAAUACGCUCUGUUUCUAGCCCAGUUAGGGGAGAGGGGCGGGUGGGGGGUGGAGAGGAGGGGGAAAAAAAAGGGGGGGGUGUACAGAACAUUGGGGGUGGGGGUGUAUUUUAUAUAUUCUGGUUUACGACCGAGCGAUGACUCAUAGUUGAUGCUUUGUUUACAUUUAAGAUAUCAACAAAAGACAGGUCUCGGGUCACGGGUGAUGCAUCAUAUACCUAAGGACAUUUAGUAUUAAAACCUUCAUACUCUCCCUGGUGAACACAAAACAUCGUGAGGGUCUAGAUGUUUGGUGGAAGUUUAAAGACAAUGUAAAUGAAGCUUUUGGGGCACCAGAAAGGGCGGGUCUUUAUGAUCCAAUCUAAAUAUAGCAUCAUAACUAGGACCGCCCUUUUGAUUUGAUGCACACCACAAAGACAGGCGUGUGUGUGUGUUUGUCACAAAGACAGGCGUGUGUGUGUUUGUCACAAAGGCAGGCGUGUGUGUUUACUUCCUUACAAACUAGUGCUGUAGUUCUCCCUACUCCAAUCUCAUCGAUGUUAAAACUUUGGUAGACUUGUAAGGUGUGUUGCAGUGUUUAUAUGUACACUAUGUUUAACGUAGGCCUAGAGCUGACACGGUAUUGACUCGUACUAGGAUAGUGACCAACAACUGGGGGCUCAAACUAGGAUAGUGACCAACAACUAGGGGCUCAAACUAGGAUAUUGACCAACAACUAGGGGCUCAAACUAGGAUAUUGACCAACAACUAGGGGCUCAAACUAGGAUAUUGACCAACAACUAGGGGCUCAAAAAGGAUAUUGACCAACAACUAGGGGCUCAAACUUGGAUAUUGACCAACAACUAAGGGCUCAAACUUGGAUAUUGACCAACAACUAGGGGCUCAAACUAGGAUAUUGACCAACAACUAGGGGCUCAAAAAGGAUAUUGACCAACAACUAGGGGCUCAAACUUGGAUAUUGACCAACAACUAGGGGCUCAAACUUGGAUAUUGACCAACAACUAGGGGCUCAAACUUGGAUAUUGACCAACAACUAGGGGCUCAAACUAGGAUAUUGACCAACAACUCUGGGCUCAAAUUAGGAUAUUGACCAACAACUAGGGGCUCAAAAAGGAUAUUGACCAACAAAACGGGCCCAAACUAGGAUAUUGACCAACCAGGGGCUUAAUAAUCAGAGUUCUAUUGUGGGAAGUUGUUUUACAAUGUAAAUGCAUCCUCCAUCAGUGGGUUGUUGUGUUCUGUCCGCUGCUAUUCUUCUAUCCUUGCUUUGGAUCGACCCCCUUCAGUUAUUAGGGGCCUACUUGUUUCACCCCCCCCCACCCCAAAUUGUUCUCCAAAGCCCGUCAGGGAAAUGUAUCCCGAAAUGCUUUCGAAAAAUGAAAAGUAUUUAUACUUGAUGAGAACUCCUGAUUGGUGAAAACUGUGUUUUACCUGUCAAGCUUGCCUUCUGUUCUAUGGGGAGAUGGGGGGGGGGGCCUUGAACACAAUCCGUUAUAGUGACAGUUACCACAAUAGCUCACGUAAUUCAUGCUUUCUCAAGGAAUCGCAAGUAGUUCAACUUUGCAUAUUCAUUUUAAGUGCAAAAGUAAGUGCGUUAAGAUAUAUAAUAUACCACCACCGUCCUCCAAUCUGCACCCCCCCCCCUCUCAAAAAAAAAAAAAGUAAGCAUCUCGAUUUUCAGUGGAUAGAUGGGCAGAUAGGUAAAUAUUAUGAUUUUCUUUGCAAAAGUAAGUGCGUUAAGAUAUAUAAUAUACCACCACCGUCCUCCAAUCUGCACCCCCCCCCCUAUCAAAAAAAAAAAAGUAAGCAUCUCGAUUUUCAGUGGAUAGAUGGGCAGAUAGGUAAAUAUUAUGAUUUUCUUAAGGCAGGCAGUGGUGUUUCACUUCUAUACACGUCAUGGGCGGGGAAGAUGACGUGAAAUAAAAACGGUUUCGGCAAAACUUUUGAGACGUUACAGUGCAUCGACAACUCUUUGCACUGGCACGGCUAGUAGCAGGUUAGGUGCGCUGUGCACAACUAGCUGGCCUGGCAGCAGGCGGGCGAGGUUGUUGUUGAGCUUGAAUGGCUACAACCUUGACCUACAUGCCUAGUGCAUGCACAGCCCUUGUUAUCGCCAGAUGAUUGCUGUGUGGCAACACCAGCUGCAGGUCUCUUGAAAAAACACCAAUACUAUCGACAUCCCAGUUAAGCAUAUGCAAGCCCAUUUAAUAUGCACAACCCACUUAAGUUAUGCAACCCCAGAUUGACAGGCCCUUGCAGAUUUGAAUUCCGACUACUACAAUUCCAGCUCCCAGCAAUGCAUGUUUUGUUAUUAACAUUUUUCAUGCAUUGAAAUUUUCUGGAACACAAAAGACUUGUAAUUUGUAAUAUUAACUUUUUGUAAGAAUGUUGAGUCAUGGCGUUUGUGUGUUUUUUUUUGUUUUUUGUUUGUUUUUUUGUUGUUUUUUUUUUGGGGGGGGGGGGUUGUAAGCCAGCAUUAUUUUCAGUAAUAAAUAAAAAGUUAUUAUUUAUCUUUCAAUUUAAAUUUUAUUUUGUGCUCUUACCUGGCUGUAUAAUCUAAUUUAGGAUUGUAACGUCUCAAUUUAAUCUGACGAUAGUUUCAAUUUUUGUUAAAAAAAAGAGCUCCUUAAUUUUUUUAAUCUGUGGGGAAAACUUAGCGGAUAAGCUUAGCAACUUGGCAUAUUGGACAUGACUAAAUAUUGGGGUUAACAAUCAUACACUGCAAUGAUCUUACUUGGUCAAAAAUUCUGUAACUAUGGCAUGCACCAUCCACAAUGAUAGAGAAGACUUAUAAUUAGAACGAGGAGGGUCUCAAAGUUACAUUCCAUAUUGUUAAUAUUAUACCCACUGCCCACUACAAUUACAAUCAUUCAAAAUAAUUUGUUUCCUAUUGCACAACCAGAUCUCAAGCGCCCCCCCCCCCCCCAAUUAUACAUUUCAAAAUAUUAGGCAGUUAUACAGAAACAGCUUUUAGGACUUUGUCUUUGACAUAAGAUGAAUGAUAUUGUAAGAAUUCUGGUCUUCAGUCACUUAGGAAAUAUUUGGAGAGAAUUCUGGACACUUGGGAAAUGUUUUGCUAAAUUUUGAGCAUUUUUUUAAAUAUAAUUAUCAUUUAAAAAUACUUUUAUAACUCGGUCCCGUUUUUGGAUUUAAAAAUUUACAAGGAAAAGAAUUUUAUUUAUAACCAUUAAUUAUUGUAUUUACUGAGGAAAGAACCCCAAGGCGAUGAAAUCAUAAUCAAAAGGUUUAGCCUAGAUUCUGUGAUUUAACCAAGAAGCCUAGCCCUUAUAUACUGUUUUGUUGUUUUUUUUAUCUUAUCAGUUAAGCUAUUAUCUCUGUUUACAAUUGUGUACAUGGAGCUCACACUAUGGAAUGCUGUCUCAGUCUGUUAUCAUAUCUAACAGUAAUGUCUAUUGUGGUGGUAUUUGAUGAAAUGCUUUAUCAGCAAAAUGUCAUAUGGCAUUCCUAUUCGAUCUGGCAAGGACCAGAGUAUGAUCAAAAUUCAAACCUAAGCUGUGACACAAAUCUAAAUACAAAAUAGAUGUGAAAUGGCCAAAUCAUGCAUGAUUUAAAUUCAUGAUACAUUUAAAUUGGUCAGCUAAAACCUUAUGAAAGUUUGUUUUGAAAAUUGUUUGAAAUUCCUGGCCACAUUUGUGUGCCCUUUAAGCUCAACAUAAAAUAAUUAUUGGAAAAAUAGAUGAUUCAGAAAUAUCAAUAUUAAAAGAUGUUCAUUUAAUCUAAUAGUUGAUUUAUUUUCUUUCAUCACUUGUGGAUAUACCGGGUAUUUUAAAUAUGAAAAUAAUCUCUAGAACUCACAAAGUAAUUCUUAUGUUGGAUUUCUUGAUUGUGUCCACAGGCGAGCUCACUUGAGACACUGCUUGGAGAGGUUAAAAGAUCUUGUCCCCCUGGGAGUUGACUCAUCACGCCACACCACAUUAGGUCUUUUAACAAAAGCACGAUCAUUUAUUAAGGUUAGCUGAUGUUGCAUUUUGUGGUCCAUAAGUUUAACGUACAUCAUGGAUAAUUAUGGAGAGUAAAAAGUCAAACACUUUAAAAAGAUUUGACCCUAAAUUUUUAUGCUAAUUUUAUUGUAACAUAUUUAUAGCAACUAUUGAUUUUUAUUCUAACGUGUUUAUAACAAUAUUUUUUUUUAUGGAGACCAGAGUCGGACAAAUAAUUUUCCUGUUACGGGUAUUCAUUUCAGCAGUAUUCAUUUGUUUGAUUUCAGAAUCUUGAGGAAAAAGAGAGAAAGGCUCUCCUCUUGCGAGAUCAACUAGAACGAGAAAACAGACAUCUACGACGCAGGCUGGAACAACUCAAUCAGCUAAAUAAUAACCACAACCUCUAUCGCACGCGUCAAGAACGUAGCAUAAGUGAAUGCAGUACUUCAACCAAUUCUUCAUCGUCAUCAUUAUCAUCGACCUCAUCAAUAAAAUCUGAAGAAUCCGGUUAGUUUAAGUUUUGAGACUUUUCAAAAUUUUUCUUUUCGUUAAAAUAAAAAUAUUUUUAAGCUUUAAAUUAUUAUCUUGAAUCCUACAUUAAAAAUUCAAACCAAUUUCAUUUCUUAUAAUUUGAAACAGAGUUUUUUUGCUAAUUUGUCGGAGUAGCGUAGAGGGCCGAUUUGUAUGUCUUGUAAAGUCGGCUGAUUUCUACAAACUUGAGUGGCUGGAAUUUUAAACUCAUUGUUAACCUCCUCCCAAAGUAGCGCUAGUUUGCUGGAGUUCAUUUCAAAAUGUUGCUAAUUUUUUUAGAGAAUUUUUAUUGAAAUGAAACAGGUAUUUAUUAUAACUUUCUUGUUUCACCAGAUGAAAUUGAUAUCAUCGGUGGCUUCCAGAGUGAUAGUGAUGACCGUUGCAGUGUUGAGAGUCUCGGCAGCGACGGCAGCCCAGACCACCGCCGCUACAGUAACAACUUUUCCGAUGAUUCUGGAGUAUCCAGCGGAGUGUCAAAUCUUUGAUCUUUAGCUGCCCUACUCGCUCAGAUUGCUUGCUUGCAGCUGUUUGCGCAGUAUCGGAUGUCUGUGUUGUUCUACGGUUUUUUCUAUUUGUUACUAUUAAAAGAUAGUGGCUCAAUGUCGUGGACCUAGCUUCCACACCUGGAUUGGAUUACAACUGGCUACUGUUGUACAGGAUUAAUACGAGACAUGCUUGCUCAUUCUUAAAGCACUGAGGACAAGAAGCUUGACCCCACAAGGUUUACUGUCAUGGAGUAAUGUAGCAUUGAUGUGGAGCUGAAUUGAUUAUUUUGUUUAUGUUGUAUGUUUCUAUAUCAUAAUUAUAGUUACAAUAUACAAAUGUCAGAUUUGUGAAUUUUUAGCAAAGCUUAAACAUAAAAAAAAUAUUUACAUUUGAUGUCAUGUAAAGUGAGUGAAUGCAAAUGUGUCUGAAUAUUUUUAAAUUCAAAACCCCUCUUUUAAAAAAAAAAAAUACUAAUGAAUACAUGAAUUUUUAUCACAUUGUAAAAGGGACAUUGUUCCCAUUGUAAAGUCUUAUGUUGUAGAUAGCUAAUAUCCAUUCUCUGUUUGUCUCAUGGGUAUUAUAUUUUAAACUAUCAGGGGUUAAAAGUUGCAAAUGGACAUUUUGCUUGAACAAGUAAAUCCAAAAUUUCAAAGUGUCAUAAUUGUUACUGAUAUCAGAAUUGUAUGCAUCCAAUGUGCAUUUACCAUCUCAGAUCAGUAUUGGUGUAUUAUUGUUAAGAAAUAGUAAGAAGUGGAUAGGUCGUGAACUAUGCCUGCCCAGAUAGUAAGAAGUGGAUAGGUCGUGAACUAUGCCUGCCCAGUCAAUGGGACAUUGAUUUUUUUUAACCGCCCCUUAUCUGAAUUUUAUAUUUCAACAACAAAGCUGUGAUUUUUUUCCAAUUGGCUAUGGGUUCCCCCCGCCUCCCAUCAUUCAGCGUUCCACAGUCCGUGCUUGCGCGGCAGCGACGUAGGCAGCAUGAGGCGCUCGGGGCAUGUCAUGCCUUUAGGACGAGUGUGGUGCUUAGACUUAAAAAAUUGGCAAUGGUCAUGCAGCAAUUUUUUUUUUUUUUUUUUGUAUCAAUGCCAUAUUGUUGUAUCAGUCCAUUGGCCUGAUAUUUGACCAAGUUCUGCGCAAUUUCUCUUCAGCUACUUAUCAGGAUUAUCAUGACCUAAACUGGAAGGUGUCCAAUCAAGUAACUAAGGUAAUUUCUCUGAAUGGCAGCUGAGAGAGUUUUGAAUAGAAUGUCUGUUACGAUGUGUCUGAUUUGCAUCUUAGGAUGGAGUUCUUAGUUCAUUCCAAAGUGCUCAUGACUCCCUAAUCUCUGAUUGCUGGGAAACAUGAAUGCUGAUUUCUUAAAUGCAAUUUGGAAUUUGAUGUAUUGGCUGACAGAUUGCAUGUGAAUGUUGUACAGUAAGAGAUCUGUGGCUAAAUAAUGGGGGUGGGGGGGACCUUAUAUUGGAUUUUAUUUAAAGCUCCAAGAUAUUAUAAAAUGUUUGGAGAAUAACUAAAUUUGGGUCAGUCAGUGGGACUUGACAUGUUACAGUUGUGUGUAUGAUUUGUAGAUUUAUCACUGAACUGGUGUACAAUAGUGGCUAGCACUGAACUGGUGUAUGUACAUACAUGUACUGGUUAGAUUUGAACUGGUGUAUAUGUACAUACAUGUAGUGGUUAAGUUAUUAGCUGCAGUUGUGAAGCUGUGCGUUGUCUUUAUUUGUUUUCUUUGUCCGUGCAAUCAUUAGGGUUUAAUCAUCAUCCUUCUCAACUCCAUGUCUCCCUCUCUUGAGAGAUGUUCACAUCUCCCUCUCUCCAAAUUUGCGUGGCUUGCAUCUCCCUUACUCCUUUAUUGUGAAGAGUGUUUCACAUCUCUUGGUUUUUUACGUAGGAGAGCGGACAAAGUUUGAUGUAUCUAGAAGCAAUACAUUUUUUUUUUAAACUUAACCUUUAUAAGCAAUGAACAAUUUAUAAUAAGGUGUCUACUACUUUAGAGUAUUAUGAUAGUUGAAAGAUUAUCUGAUGGGACUGUGGAAACCAUUAAUUUAAAGAAGCCAAUUUUAUUAUUUUAAAUGGCUUACCUGAGCAUCAGAUUUCUUGAUUUCUUUCAGUUGGCUUUCAUUUGUCCCAUUCAAAGGUCUUAGUUUUGAACAAUCAAUAAUUUUAGGAUACCGCACAGCUUUAACAACUCAACUUUCCAAUAAUGUAUUUUGAUUGUUACUGAUCCACUUAAUGGUGCGUUUGUGUAUUUGCAUGACUGCUGGUUGUAACAGCUGUUACGUAUGGCGUUCUCAUGAUGACUUAUAUCUGUGAUAAAUAAUAAACAAAAGUAUGAACAGAUUUGGCGUUUUCCAUGCUGAAUCCUGGCUAGUUAGACGUCAGUUCAAAAGUUAAUUUGAUACAUGAGCAAGGACACGGGGAUGGUUUCACCUAAAUUUAAUGGGAGAUAAUCAUAGUUAGCUUGAUCAACUACUGCAAAGUGUGCCUUCUGAUCAACUAUCAGACAGUGACUUUUCCAUUAAAUUUUUUUUUUUUUUAAUGCUAUCAAUGUCUUUCUCCAUACAUUACCUCUUAACUUAGCAUAAAAGGUCAACUGUUGAAUGUUUGGCUGAAAGUUUUACCGGCAAUUUAUUCAUUGGCAAUAAUAAAAUAAGAGAUGGUAAAAUUAUGGGAGAUGUUGGUUGAAUUGUAACAUAAUAUUUUGUUACAUUUAGUUGAGAUAUGAGAGAGCAGACUUGCACAUUUUAGUCUUUUACACAGGGCUAAAAAAAACCAGAAACUUCAUUUGAAAUGUCUCUACAAAAGAAUAAUAAUGUAUUUGCUGAAAAUGUAUGAGUAAUAAAAAAUAUUAAUGCAUUUUACAAAAUGAAAACUUAUUCAGUGCUCACCAAAAUAUAGCAGUUCAUAAACAAUAGAAUCUAAUAAAUGAGCAAUGACACUAGAAAUAUUCUCAUCUCAAUUUAAAUCCUAAUAGGAUGCAGAUAUACCAGUUUACACUAAUAUUCUACAUUGUAUAAUUUUGCAAGCUGCCACCAACAGAGAGAGAACCAAAAAUGUUCAUACCAACAAUAUGCCUGGUUAAAAGGUUAGAAUAAUGUGCAACUCAUAAUUUCUUUGUCCAUCUUUUAAUGAGAGCAGCAUUCUUCAGAAUAAGCUGUAUGUACUUGCCUCAAGAUUUGGCUCCUUUUUGGGAUGGGUUGUUUUUUUCUCUUUUAUUAAUUUACCAUUACAAUUAAAAGGAAUGGUGAAAUGUAUUCUCAACAAAUUUGCUUUACAUAAUAUUAAUAUAGCCAUCUUCUGAUUGAUUUUUUUCAAUAAUCAGGUUAAUCUGAGAGAAUGCAAUCUUUUUGACCUUAUUCGAAACUGAUCUUAAAGAAAAUUUAAAAUCUUAGACUAGAAAAAUUUUUAAAACACAAAUUUGGAUUAGAUAUCCAGUUCAAGUACAUUUAAUGUAAAGGUGUAUGUCCAAGAACUCAACUUGGUGAUAGAUUGCAUAAUCCUUCCACCAUUUCAGCAAAUUUGAAAUUUAGCUCAAUGUAAAGUAAAUAAGCACAACAGGCAGUGUAGGGACCCCAUGGGGGAGGGAAAUGUGAUAAUAUGAGAUGUUUUCAAAGGACAAAGAUUAGCACUGCUUACAGCAGUUGACUUCAAAUCCUUGAUCAGUAUAUUGUCCAUCUGAUGAUUUAUAUAAAAGAUACAAAGUGUAUUAAAGCAGUGAUAUCAGCUUCAUCAGAAAAGCACUAAAUAUUUGUAAAGAUAAACUCGCACACAUAAAAUGUUUGCUGAAGAAAAUUUAAUUUCAGAAGUGUAUUUCAUUUCAACUUCUUUAAACCAAAUACAAAGUUAUUGAUUACAAGUUCUAACAAGUACCACUUUUCUAUAAACCAUAUUUUCAUUUCUAACAAAAAUUAGGCCUAUAUAAAUUUCUAAACAUAGAUUUCUAAUAUCUAAUGCAAAUAAAUAACACCAUUGGAGAGCCAUGAUAAAACAAUUUGAAAAAAUUAACACCAUGUCUUAAUUUAACCUACUGGACAACUUUCAGAAAAAACGUUAACAAUAUUUCCAUUUCAACUUUAUACCGUAUGGGCAGCCUAAGAAUAUUAAAUUUUAGAUCAUUUUGCUGUGAGAAAUAUGUUGGCAAUAAAUUCACAUUGAUCUAUAUAUAAAAUAAUAUAAUCCAACACUGACUUACUCUCUUGGAAUAAUUUUAACACCAUCGUGUUAUGGGAGCCCCCUGGGGUUGCCAGAACCCCUAGAGUUGUCAGUUUAGGCUGCAUGGUAUUUUCUGGAGGUUUUACUCCCAGAGGUUGCAAACCUAGAAGAAUGGCAACCAAGCUUUUUGUGGUUUUUGGGUACUCGCUAUCCUGGUAUUACAAGUUCACAUUUAGCUGAAAGAGAAUUCAUAUUUAUUUCAACUUCUUAAUCUGUGUUGCUAGGCUGUUGUUCUUCUCCACAAAUAAAACCGAACAUUUUCCAACCUAAAAGGAUUUCUUUACAAAUAUACCACAUGUUGUACAAAAGCUUUUCAAGAAAAAAAAUUUUUAAGUAUAAUUUUAGCCAUUAAAAAAAAAAAAAGUUGGUUUAUAACGGUUAUAGGGUUAUGAAUUUAUUUUAUCUCUAUAAAAAUGUUAACUUAUUUGAUAUAAAAGUAACCAAAAUAAUAAUUGAUGAACUCUUGAAGUCUUUUUCAUGGUCACUACUAAAAUUUAUUGGGUUUUAAAACAUUUUUAUUUAAAAUUGUGUGCUGUUUUUAAAGGUUUUGGCCAGCUGAGACUACUGAGAGUCUACUCUAAAAGCUUGCCAUCAGAUAGAAAAGUAUUUGUUGGACUGUACUUAAAACUUACAAUGGCAGUGUCAGUUUGUUGGGCUUUGGUUUUAACAUUGUCUUUCCUGUAUGCCUUAUGUUCAGCCGCUCAGUUCUGCUGAGAAUGUUUAUCAUGACAGGAUUAAUUCAUAUGAGCUAAUAUACAACUUGAAGAAAUUAUUUUGUGGGCAUCUUGCUUUAUUCAAGAUGAGUUGUUUUGUUUUGAUUUUUUAAAAAAUGAAAUUUAAGGUUAUGACGCCCAGCAGCUGUCAUUUUUGUGCUUUGUUAGUUUUAAAAAUCAAAUCAAGAAGGUACACAGAUUUCUGAUCUAGCAUCUAGCAAAAAAAAAAGGAAAAGGCUCAAAGAAUGUAGGGCUUUAUAAUUAGCUUUGGGCUCGAAAGAUUUAUAUGGAUGUAUGCAAUAAAGAUCUGUACGCCCUGCGUUGAAACCGGAAAAUCUUGUUUGCUGCAAUGUUCAAAAAUUUUAAUUAAAAAUGGUUUAAAGCUUUUAUUCCAUUUCUCUGUCAGAAUAUGUUUAAAUCGGGUUCAACAGCUUUAAUUGUAAAGCUUGCAUCUACAAUAUCUGAUAUAGAAAUGUGUGCGUUGUUACAAGGGUGCAAUUCCAAAUAUUUUUUUUGUGAUCUUCUAAGGGAUGUAUUUCACUGUUUGUGAUCACUUCAAUGGCUGUAAUUCAAUGUUAGUGUAUUGUUGAUGGAACAGGUUGUUUAAUUUUAGUUAAGCCUAUUUUAAUUAUCUUGUUUUGAAUCAUUUAACGAUUAAGAUUUGCUUUAGGAAAAUAGAAUAAUGCUUAGGGCAAUAUGGGAUACAGGCAGAAGAACAAAUGUUGAAGUAUUUUAUAGAAUAAAGUGUGUAAUUUUUAAAUUAUGGCAUGUCAUAAGGUUUUGGUGUUUUUUUCCUCAAGUCAAUAUUCUAAUGGGUAAAUAAAUUCAGAAAUGUUGCUAUAAAACCAAACUGACCAUUGGGGGUCAUCCAUAUAUUAUUUCACAUGGUAACCUCCAGUUUUACUGUGAGCAUUUUAUUCUUCUUUUUUUAGACCAGAAAACAAACUUCCAUUAAAAUAAUGAAGUAGCCUACUGAUUUAGAAAGCAAUUACCAUACUUUAAAUUCUGAUAAAAUUUUCAGACAAAUAUAUGAUUAUGUUCAAACAAUAAUGCCACUAUAACUAAUUUGUUAUUGUUAAUCUAAAACCCACCUUUAUUUUUAAUGUUAUUUAGCCUUUACACCAGUGAGGCGAUGUGCUUUCCUAUACUAUAUGGAUUACCCCCAUAACAGUUAAAAGGAUCAACACAAUUAGACUGAUCUCAAUGUAUAUAUAUAUAUGUGUGUGUGUUGUAUACCAAUUUUUAGUCAAAAAGAGCUAUCACAAUUACUUUAUCACAAUUAGGCCUACUUGUACAUUUGUUUUGUUAAAUUUUUAUUUUUCAAAAAAAUUUCCCCGAUGAUCAAAAAUUAUUAAUGACAAUUAGUUUACAAUUAAAUGGGAAACUACUCUUGUUAAGUUGAAGAUUGCAGUUAGGAAAUAAGUUGUUUUAAAUCUAAAGAAGAACUCUUACUAACUGCAUAUUAUUGUUGAAAUAAGCAACAACAAAAAAAAAAUAAGUUUGUUGUUGAUUUAAGGGAAAAAAAUACGGGUCACUUAAGCUGUCAACAAAAUCUAUUACUUGGGUGUGUGCUUGUUUUGUUAGUAUUUUAAAAAUUGUAGUAGGGCGAGGCUAGCAGUUGUGCAGUGCAAGAACUUUACUGAGAUUAUCUGUAUGUAUUCUGCCCUUUAAGUUAAGGAACAUGUUUCUAUUAUCUUGAAAUUAUAUUAAUGAAUGCAUGAGGCAAUAGGUUUACCUAAAUAACAAGUGAUAUAUAGUUAGGAAGAUACUGUUGGUUGUUUCAUAGAUAAAACGGCCAAACAUUGAGCAUGGAUAAUUCCUGAGCUAACUACAAUGGCAAUGCUUUCAUAACUUCACUAAUAUGCAUUCACUAAAUGGCAUUCUUCAUUUAGUGACCGUUUUUUAAUCAAAUUAUAAUUUAUGUCAUACUCAUAUAACACAUUUAAGUUUAAUCUCAUUUCACUUACUUUUCAUUUACUAAUUAUUUAUUCAUUCAUCAUUAAUCACAUCAUUAUCAUCUCUGAUUGUUUCAUUUUAAAUAAAAAAUAUUUUUUCUUCUUAAUUCAGGGUCCUCAUACUGACAACAUUAUAGCAAUUGCAUGCUAUAGUUUGUGUGAGGGCUCCAAACAUGACCUGUGUUUAUCAUCACAACCAGGCUAUCCCCUGGCUACUGUUCUGGUCAUGUUUUUUUUUUUGCAUGUUUGUCUGAUUGUCAGUGAAACAAAAUAAUGUUUUAUUGGAAUAGGUGCUCCUUGUCUCAUAUGUUGGGAGGUAUAUGAGGAAUGGAAGAAAUUAUCUUAGAUUUUAAUUCAAUACAAAUGUGUAAAUAUCAAUAAAUAUUUCAACUGUUCACAACAAAAUAAAUGUUGUUGGACCAAACUGAU